CUGAUCUCUCUGUUUGAUCUUCUCUGAUGUCUCCAGACUCUGUCAGGCUGCUGAAUGGUUCCAGUCUGUGUUCAGGCAGACUGGAGGUGAAGUCUAACCAGAGCUGGUCCUCAGUGUGUGAAGCUGACUUUGACCAGCAGGAUGCAGAGGUGGUCUGUAGGGAGCUCGGCUGUGGGCCUCCUUCGGUCCUCCAGGGGGCGCUCUAUGGAGAAGUGGAGGCUCCAGUGUGGAGCAAAGAGUUCCAGUGUGGAGGCCAUGAGUCUGCUCUCCUGGACUGUAGAAGCUCAGGCUCAGCUCGAAACAGCUGCUCACCUGGCAAAGCUGUUGGACUCACCUGCUCAGAGCCUGACCGUGUCAGGUUGGUGGGAGGAACCAGUUGCUGUGAAGGUAUACUGGAAUUGAAACAUUUGAGGGACUGGAGACCAGUUUUUAUCAAUCAUUGGAACCUGAAGGCAGCAGCUGUGGUUUGUGAACAUCUGGACUGUGGUUCUGCUGUUUCUGCCCAAUCUGAAGACUCAACACAAAAAAGUGUGUGGUUAAUCAGACCUGACUGUGUCAAACCUGGAUCUGCUUUGUGGGAAUGUGCAAAAUCAGGUUACUCAUCCAAUGUCCUGAAAGUAACCUGCUCAGGACUCCAGGCUGAAGAAAAACACAAUGCUACAGAGCCCAAUAAUGUCAGGUUGGUGGGAGGAGCUAAUCACUGUGCAGGUACGGUGGAGGUGAAAAACCUGGGAGAGUGGAGACCAGUGGAGGAAUCUGACUGGACACUGAAGGCAGCAGCUGUUGUGUGUGAACAUCUGGAUUGUGGCUCUGCUGUUUCAGUAGAACAGAGACAGAAGUCACUGACAUUGGUGUGGCAGCUCAAACCAGAUUGUGUUCAGUCUGGAUCUGCUCUCAGGGAGUGUGUCUCAUCAAGUUUGUCUUUUUUUGUCCUAGAUCUCACCUGUUCAGACUCUGUCAGGCUGCUGAAUGGUUCCAGUCUGUGUUCAGGCAGACUGGAGGUGAAGUCUAACCAGAGCUGGUCCUCAGUGUGUGAAGCUGACUUUGACCAGCAGGAUGCAGAGGUGGUCUGUAGGGAGCUCGGCUGUGGGCCUCCUUCGGUCCUCCAGGGGGCGCUCUAUGGAGAAGUGGAGGCUCCAGUGUGGAGCAAAGAGUUCCAGUGUGGAGGCCAUGAGUCUGCUCUCCUGGACUGUAGAAGCUCAGGCUCAGCUCGAAACAGCUGCUCACCUGGCAAAGCUGUUGGACUCACCUGCUCAGAGUCUGAUGAUGUCAGGUUGGUGGGCGGAGCCAGUCACUGUGCAGGAACACUGGAGCUGAAACAUCUGGGAGAGUGGAGAAUAGUGUCUGGUUAUGCUCGGACCCUGAAACAUGCAGCUAUUGUCUGCCAACUGCUGGACUGUGGCUCUGCUGUUUCUGUAGAAUGGAGAAUUGAGACCCCAAACACACCUGUGUGGAAAAUGAAAAUUGAAUGUAUUCAGUCUGGAUCUGCUGUGAGAGAUUGUGUAACAUCAGAUUCAUCUCGUGUCAUCACCAGUGUCACCUGUGCAGACUCUGUCAGGCUGCUGAAUGGUUCCAGUCUGUGUUCAGGCAGACUGGAGGUGAAGUCUAACCAGAGCUGGUCCUCAGUGUGUGAAGCUGACUUUGACCAGCAGGAUGCAGAGGUGGUCUGUAAGGAGCUCGGCUGUGGGCCUCCUUUGGCCCUCCAGGGGGCGCUCUAUGGAGAAGUGGAGGCUCCAGUGUGGAGCAAAGAGUUCCAGUGUGGAGGCCAUGAGUCUGCUCUCCUGGACUGUAGAAGCUCAGGCUCAGCUCGAAACAGCUGCUCACCUGGCAAAGCUGUUGGACUCACCUGCUCAGAGUCUGAUGAUGUCAGGUUGGUGGGAGGAGCCAGUCGCUGUGCAGGUAUACUAGAGCUGAAACAUCUGGGAGAGUGGAGACCGAUGUAUGAGUCUGGCUGGACGCUGAAAGAUGCAGCUCCUAUUUGCGAACAUCUGGACUGUGGUUCUGCUGUUUCUUUACAAGAAACCAAGCCAUUAAAAUUUGGGUGGAGGAUCAAACCUGACUGUGUUCAGUCCAGAUCUACUCUGAGAGAGUGCACAGCAUCAGGUUACUACAACCCCAUCAUGAAUCUUACCUGCUCAGACUCUGUCAGGCUGCUGAAUGGUUCCAGUCUGUGUUCAGGCAGACUGGAGGUGAAGUCUAACCAGAGCUGGUCCUCAGUGUGUGAAGCUGACUUUGACCAGCAGGAUGCAGAGGUGGUCUGUAGGGAGCUCGGCUGUGGGCCUCCUUCGGUCCUCCAGGGGGCGCUCUAUGGAGAAGUGGAGGCUCCAGUGUGGAGCAAAGAGUUCCAGUGUGGAGGCCAUGAGUCUGCUCUCCUGGACUGUAGAAGCUCAGGCUCAGCUCGAAACAGCUGCUCACCUGGCAAAGCUGUUGGACUCACCUGCUCAGAGUCUGAUGAUGUCAGGUUGGUGGGAGGAACCAAUUACUGUGAGGGCAUGAUGGAGCUGAGACAUCUGGGAGAGUGGAGAACAGUGUCUGCCUUUAGCUGGACCCUGAAAGAUGCAGCUGUUGUGUGUAAACAUCUGGACUGUGGCUCUGCUGUUUCUGUUAACUCAAGACUUGCGCUUUUAAAUAGACCUGCGUGGUGGAUCAAAUAUGAUUGUGUUCACGUCAGAUCUGCACUGAAGGACUGUACAGCAUCAAGUUCCCAUGACUUCAUCCUGAACAUCACUUGCUCAGAGUCUGUCAGGUUGGGGGGAGCCAGUCGCUGUGCAGGAACAGUGGAGCUGAAGCAUCAAGGAGAAUGGAGACCAGCAAUUGACUAUGACCUCAGGAAAGCAGCUGUUGUCUGUGAAUAUCUGGACUGUGGAUCUGCUGUUUCUGCUGUAAUCAGACCGAAGUCCUCACCUGCAGAUGUGCUGGAGAUCAGCUCUGACUGUUUUCAGUCUGGAUCUACUCGAAGCGAGUGUGCAGCACCAAAUGCCUCCAACUACACCCUGGAUCUCAUUUGCUCAGACCUGCUAGUUCAGCCAAACAUCCAUGCGUCCUCCAUGGAUGGGGUCUCUGAGUCCCAGGAGCAGGGGCUUACAGUAUCCAGACGCUCCAACUUCACCAUCAGGUGCUCCAUCCAGCCACAGUACCCAGGAGGCUCCUUCCAGCUCACCUUCAACUCCACCAACACCACAUACAGCUACACCCAGCCAGCUGUCAAUCACUCUGCCCACUUCCUGUUUCCUGCUGCAGAGCCCGCCCACCAAGGAAACUACAGUUGUGUUUAUCACGUCUACGUUUUCUCUCAUAACUUCUCCUCUGAGAGCCGCCUGCUGCCUGUCACUGUGUCAGAGUUUGUCAGCUUGGUAGGAGGACCCAGUCGCUGUGCAGGAACACUGGAAUUGAAACAUUUGGGUGUGUGGAGACCAAUGGAUGGCUCUGACUGGACCAUAAAGGCAGCAUCUGUUAUCUGUGAACAUCUGGACUGUGGCUCUGCUGUUUCAGUAGAAUGGCGAGAGGAUUCCACAGAGAAAUCUGUGUGGAAGAUCCAAAACAACUGCAUUGAGUCUGGAUCAGCUAUAAAAGAAUGUUUACAACUUUGGUUGUCUUCCUUCUCUCUGUAUCUCACAUGCUCAGACUCUGUCAGGCUGCUGAAUGGUUCCAGUCUGUGUUCAGGCAGACUGCAGGUGAAGUCUAACCAGAGCUGGUCCUCAGUGUGUGAAGCUGACUUUGACCAGCAGGAUGCAGAGGUGGUCUGUAGGGAGCUCGGCUGUGGGCCUCCUUCGGUCCUCCAGGGGGCACUCUAUGGAGAAGUGGAGGCUCCAGUGUGGAGCAAAGAGUUCCAGUGUGGAGGCCAUGAGUCUGCUCUCCUGGACUGUAGAAGCUCAGGCUCGGCUCGAAACAGCUGCUCACCUGGCAAAGCUGUUGGACUCACCUGCUCAGAGCCUGAUGAUGUCAGGUUGGUGGGAGGAGCCAGUCGCUGUGCAGGAUCACUGGAGCUGAAACUGGGAGAGUGGAGACCAGUGGAAGCUUCUGAGUGGAUCCUGGGCAAAGCAGCCGUAAUCUGUGAACACCUGCACUGUGGUUCUCUUGAUUAUGUGGAGGCUAGAAAUGAGUCCUUGCUCAGAUCUGUUUGGAGACUCAAACCUGACUGUGUUCAAUCUGGAUCUGCUCUGAGGGAGUGUGCAACAUCAGAAUACUCUUUAAUGAUUAUGAAUUUCACCUGCUCAGACCUGCUAAUUCAGCCAAACAUCCAUGCGUUCUCCAUGGAUGGGGUCUCUGAGGCCCAGCAGCAGGGGCUUCAGGUGUCCAGCCGCUCCAACUUCACUAUCAGCUGCUCCAUCCAGCCACAGUACCCAGGAGGCUCCUUCCAGCUCACCUUCACCUCCUCAAACACCACAUACAGCUACACCCAGCCAGCUGUCAAUCACUCUGCCCACUUCCUGUUUCCUGCUGCAGAGCCCGCCCACCAAGGAAACUACAGCUGUGUUUAUCACAUCUACGUUUUCUCUCAUAACUUCUCCUCUGAGAGUCGCCUGCUGUCUGUUGCUGUUUCAGCUUCAACAGUUCAUACCAUCACAGGAGUCGUCCUGCUGCUGAUUCUCCUGAUUGUGAUUACUGCCCUUUAUUUCUCCUGGAAGGCCAGCAGGGAGCAGAAGCUGAGAUGAAAGGAGAACACUGACGUGGUUUACUACAACUACAGUGAUCACGGAGCAGAGGGAGGAUCAGCUGAAGAUGAAAGUCACCGCCUCAAAGGAGCUCAUCUCAAAUCCAAUUGAAUUUCUGAAAAAUAAGUAUCAUAACAGUUAACACAACAGUUUUCAAUUGAUUAUAAACCUGUGUACUCACUUCACUGAUGUAUCGCUUCAUUUUAAACUAGAGGGGAAAGCACAAUGUCAUCCAACAAACAUAUCAGGCAAUCAGGACGUCAGGCUCAUUUUUAAUUUCAACAACACUCUAAUUUCAUGCUGUAUAUUAAAUUAAGUCAUUGUUUAUUCUUUAAAUCUGAUAUUGUUAUACCAUGUGCCACUGGAUUACAUCUGGUAACAUGCAACAACAAUUUAAUGUUACAUCCUUGGCCUGGGUUCACCUGAACAUAACUCCCCACUCAAACCACGCCAAAAGGCCGACAACACAGUAACUGAAAAUGCUAAGUAGCAGUUUAUUAGCUUCAGUGCUGAGCGAUGCCAAAACAACAAAGAAGGUCUCUAAUGUUCCCUAACCGAAAAUUUUAAAAAACAAAAGACAGAUAUCUAACCUUAUCUCCCAACUAACAGACAAGAGAAAAAAACAUCUCAACAAAAAAGGCUUCUCACUCCUACUGCAGUGCUCAACAUGUACAGUGCAUGAAUAUUCACAAUUGUGUUUUUACAAACUGUUUACAAAAAACUAGUGAUUUGAAGUCAUUGGAAGCUGAAGCAUCGGCGCAUGUGUCAGAACAGCCACAAACAACAAGAUAGUGCUUCAGAAGCACUGUGCCAACAUUUGAUUCGUCUGGCCGGUCACGUGAUCUACACUGUGUUUUACUUUCACUUUUUGGGUGAGAGAAUUUAUGGUUGGUGGUUUUCGUCAUCUUAGGAAGACAAUGCUCACUUCAGACAGUUUGCAGGUGUCUCAGACCCAACCUACACAAUCCCAAUUUGGAAAGCUGAGAAGGAAAUGGUGGAGGAAAAGUUUAUGGAGGAAAAAGAGAAAGGUCACAAACUGAGUUUUCUGCUAAUGGUGUGGUGGUUGACACAUUUGCACAGCAAGAAAAAGGUCACUGGUUUAAUUCUCUCUGUAGACACAGGGUGUGAAGGAAGGGCAACCCUAUCAAAUCAAUCACAUUACCUUCAAAGGCAAAAACCUUUUGGUGCAGCUAUAGCACAGUUAUAAUAUCUGCUAAUUUGAAGGUUGGUGGUUCUCCGAUGCAUCCAUUGGUGUGUGAAAGCACUUAAAACAUGGUGAAUGUGGCACGUUGUAUAACAUGCCCUGCACCCACUCCACUUAUUGGUGACCAAGAGCGCUGUAUAUUCACACCUUAUCAACUGGUACUUCAGCCUCUUCUGUUCCGUGUGAUAGGAUUUUCUCGAAGGCGCACUGUGGAACAAAUUCUCUUCUUGAAUAAAAACCAAACAGGAUAAUCGUAUAUGCAUUAUGGAUUCUUGUUUGGGAUGCUUUUUUAGUUUCAUAUCAUUUGUAAAUGACUUUUUUAAAUAUGCCCACAUUGUGACAAUUUUAUUUAAAAGAUUAACAGAAUAAAUUCAUCAUUAUUUCACAGAGUAUAAAACACUUUAUUAAACAGAAUGAAGCAAAAGGUGCAGAGAGGUCAAAUGUUAUGUCCCCUUAAUACUGUCUG